AGAUUUACAAAAGUGUAUCUAGGAACAAAGACAAAAUUUUGAAAAUACUCAAGGUCAGCAUAAAAAAGCCCUAAUCUUUUUUUAUUUACUCUUUUGUUCAGUUAUAUGUACAGCUUAUUUUUUAAAUUAUUUUUCACACUGCAAAGAAUAGAUUUUACAAUAACACACUUUGAGCCAUCAUAUUUAGCAUUCACCAGCAGUUCAUGAGCAUUUAAAAAUGGUUUAACACUUGUGCCUGAAAACGUUAAUGUAUUGGGCAGCUAUAAUUGUAAAUGACUGUAUAGUGUCAGUACAUAUAGACUUUAUAGAGGUUUAAACUGUUAAUGAAUAAUUGAAUAAAAGUUUAAAUUGUAAAUGAAUAAUCCAUAUUUACUGCAUAACUGCAUUAUAACAGAACACAAAGGAUGGUUUGAACUAAUCCUCUGUGCUGCUUUUUUCCCCUCACACAGUCCAUUCAGCCUAAAAAGCCAAACAGCUGAAUACUACCUGCCUUCAGGUUUGCUUUGUGCCAGUUAUUUUGUGAUAACACGGGUGAACACGGGAAGAGGACAGGGGCCUCAAAACUGGGUAAUAAUCUAAAGGCCCUUCUCCUAAGUCAGUUUAGAUUUACUUUUAAUGGUGUAAAUCACUAAAUAACUUCAAAAAACAACCACAAAGUAGCAGCCACGUAUUGACCCGUGGGUUUUGGGGUCCCAGGUUGUUUCCCCCUGAGAUCCAGCCUUGAUAAACACUGUCCAUAACCUGGACUCCUCGGUGUUUCUAUUUAACCUGUUCGCUUCUAGCUAAUAUAUAAGCAUUGCUAAAUGACGUAUUAACCACUGAGGAAGCUUGAAAGUUACAAUCCUUAAACGGGGCCUUAUUCGAAAGUGGCAUAGGAUUUGAAAACCACUGGCCUGUUUCCGAGGUUACAAGCUGAUCUCCAGUUAUUCUGAGUGACCAUAAAAUGUGUAAUGUUUCUUCCUCAGUCUUGUCACUUCAGCGAGCGGUGGAUAUUGUGUGCCGUUGCCACCCAGCAGUGAUUGAUAGUCACAUCGUCCUAACCCUCGGCCCAGAGGACGCUCUCCAAUAAUAAGUCGUGUCCCUCAGAGAUAUGAUGUUCAGCCUUGCGCCGCCUCUCAGUGACCCACACACUGAUGAUAUAUAGCGUGUGGCCUAUUCCUUUGCCGUUUAUUUGUGGCGUAUGGGAGCGCAAAGCCCUCACACGCCUUGCGUACGACGUGAUCCUAUUGGAUUGAACAGUGCAGAGGAUAGGUCUACUGCAAGUGAUAGAGAGAGAGAGACAGUCUUCACCAGCUCGUGCCUCUCCAACUGCAGACACACUCGUUGAUAAGCUCUAGAAGCCUUUAGAGAAAACGCAUAACUGUAGGCUGUGUGGUUUGGGUCUGCUCCCUUAAAUAGAUGUAAAGUAAUUUUUCUGCCAUCGAAAAGAACGCAAGAUCAUGGGGUUGUAUCAAAUUUCAGACCACGUGGAAAGCUUAUUUGCCAGGCUGGCUGCUGCGCGCCCGUCCUCCCUGUGAUGGAGGAGCACGGUGGUGGUGCAUCAGUGGAAAUGUGUGUGAGGCGCAGAGGAGAUCAUCAGUGAAGACAUCGAGGGCUCCUGUGCGUUUGGGCAAGGUCAGAGUCUAGCCUGGAUGAGAUUAUGUCCAUGUGGAAACACCAAGGACGGACUUUUUCGCUUCCUUUUGGGGACGAGGUUGCCUGGAGCUGUCCCCGGAAAACCAAGAGUUUCUCUCUGUGUUGGAUUGCAGAGGCAGCGUGAUCAUGGUUGAGCUUUAUUUUUGACAAUCUCCAAAACUGCGUGGCUUCCCUCUUUUCACCCUCAGCCUCGAGAUAAAGUUUCUUCGCUCUGCUCGAUGGGCAGAUGAAUUCAUCGGUCACUGGUUCGUUAAUCGCACGCAGCUGAACCCAGUUAAGGUGGUUUAGAGGCUGCUGGUUAAAAGGGGCAGCGGGGGGUUUAAAAUUCCAUCGGGGCAGCAACAGUACAGCGGCGGCCAGCUGUGUUUUCUGGACGAUCACAUCUGUCGUUGUUGACGUCGCUGUCCAUGGUGCUGAACUCGUGCUCCAGGAAUGGUGGAGACGCUGAGUAUCGCAGUCAUCGGUGCUCCCGGAGUGGGGAAAACUUCUAUAAUCCGCCAGUUCAUCUAUAACGAUUUCUCGGAGGUGUACACGCCCACCAGAACCAGAUAUGUGUACAGACCCUCCGUCAUACUGAACGGGAACAUGUAUGAGCUGAAGAUUUUGGACGUCCCGCCAAUCUCCUCCUUUCCUUCAAGCUCCAGCCAGGAGUGGCUGGAUUUGCGCUGCAGAGGUGUUCGCAAUGCCAACGCCUACAUCUUGGUGUAUGACAUCUGCUGUGUGGAGAGCUUUGAAUAUGUCAAAAUGAUCAGACAGCAGAUAGUAGAGCACAGGGAAGGCAGCAGCAGUGAGGUGCCAAUCCUGGUGGUAGGCAACAAGAGAGAUCUGCAGCGGCAACGCUUCAUGCCUCGCAGGGCAGUGUCAGUGCUGGUGAAGAAGACCUGGAAGUGCGGUUAUGUGGAGUGCUCCGCCAAGUUUAACUGGCACGUAGUCCUGCUCUUCAAAGAACUGCUGGGCAUUGCCGUGGCGCGGGGCAUGCGCCAGAACCACACCUCCAUCCGUCUGCAGGGGGCGCUACAGAGGAAUCGCUGCACCAUCAUGUGACCCUGAGAGCAGCCUCCACCCCUCUCACCUCAGGAGUGAAGUGGCAGUAAAGAAAAGGACUGUUUAUCUAAAUGGCUGAAAAACUACCCUGUGGCCUCCUGCUUUACUGAGCUGAUUUUUCUUAAUGAGGUUUAUUAGACUCUUGCGCUGUAAAAGACAAAUAUUUCAUACAUGGUUAUCCAGCCACUUCCUGGUCAAAUUCUGUCAAAGAUGCAAGGAAGGAGGUAGAAGAGGAUGCAGGUGAAAACCAAUAGGAUUACCAUAGCACAGUUAUUUUUCUCACUUCAACUAGACAGUUUGAAGAAGACAAAUUACAGAGCAGUAGGUCCUGGUCUGUCGUGUGUCUGUAGCUGAAUCUGAUAGCAUGGAAACUGUUUAUGAGACUCAAAACAGAGAGGCAGCAAUAUCAGUGAGUCUUCCUUUUGAAUAUGUCAUAUUCAGUAAGGUCAAAAAUGGAUGCUGACACUGGAAAUACUGAGAUUUAUUUGAGCUUAUGGGAGCAGUGGUCAAGUUAGAAUAACAAAGAGCAAAAAAAUAUUCAUUUCUGAGGUGAAAAUCUGGAAGUGUACAAAAAUAGUAGGCGGUGUUAAUUUUAGAUUCUGAAAAGCUGGCUGCAUUUUUUUUCUAUCCCCAUCCCUGUUACAAAUUCGGACUGUGGUAAGAGCUGUGUUCAGAAGAAGGGUGUUUUAAGGUUGUCUUGCAGCAGAAAAUACUGCAGUUCCUUCUGAUGAUGUACUACUGUUGGACCUUAAUCUGCUCCCUCUCCUGGGGACCUGCAAGAGCCUGCAGAGUCUAAAAUGAGAACCUGUAUGCAGCGUGGAUGGUGUGUGUGUGUGUGUGUGUGUGUGUGUGCGUGUGUGUGUGAGAGAGAGAGAGAGAGAGAUGGAGAGGGAGACAGAGAGAGACAGGUUUGGUAGCUGACAUUCAGGCAAGCAAAGGACAGACACAACAAGAUAAGAGACAGAUGUUGAAGUUUUGGAUUAUAAAGACAGCAAUAAAAUCCCAUGGGAAUGUACCACUAUAUUUUAUUAAAAUGCCUCAUAUACAAUACAUGUCCUGCAAAUAAGGAAGCACAGCUCAAUGACUUCCACAAAACACCGCAUGAGUGCAUCAAGACACAGAAGGAACCUUAAUAAAGCUUUCACAUUUGUAUCUGAAUUGUAUCUAAUUGGUUAUGUUGUGAGAGUAACAGUUUCAUUUUCAUUUGAAUAGGCCUGGAUUGGUACUUUGUGAAUAUGGCUGCACUGAAAGUGGGCAGACCUUUUGUAUAUAAGAGUGAUUCAUAAAGUAAUUGACUUGCAUGCUUUUGUUGGUAAAGCCAACAGGUCAGGGUUUAAUUGCACUGAUGUGAAAAUGUGAUAUUGUGUUUAAUUUUUGUAAAACAUGGUUUUCUGACACAAAUGAGCAGCUGAGUGGAGUGAAUGUGGUUGUUUUUCACUGGCAUGUGAGGGCGUAAGCUCACAAUUCUUUCCAAGAUGUAGUGUUUAUCCUAUAAUCAGGGCAGAUGGCUGUGUUAGGUUUUGUUUAUUAGUUUUUCUAGUAAAGAAAAAAAGAGAAAUAUGUAGCAGAGAUACACUAGAAAGCAACUGAGUGUAGCAUGAGUUCUCAUACGUUUGCCUAUGUGUUUCCAAAUAAAAAGGGCUACAGUUUUUUAUCAGAAACAUUACUUGUAUUUAUUUUUCAUGUGGUAGUACUGUGAGUAAUUUUUUCUGACUCAUAAUUGAACUAUUAAAUGCAUUUGAGAGCACCAGCUUCACUUUGUCACUCAUA